AUGGAGAAGGUGAACAUCGAACCUUGUGUGAAGAUGGACACCCAAACCCUUGACCUUCUCAAGAUAAGAGAUGAUGUCACAUGGUACAUAAGGAAGCUAGGCUUGAGCAAGCUCUUCAAGCUAGAAUGUAGUGAGUACUCACAACUCACCAAGGAGUUCCUCUCCACAGUAGCUCUUGCCUUUCCCAACCACAAUGGAGACCAACCAGCUGGUGAUGGACUCCUACUCUUCAAGAUAGGCGAUGCCAAUGGGCGCAUCUCCAUCUCAGCUCUAUGCCAACUCUUUGGACUUCCCAAUGAGACAGCACAUGACUUCAAGGAGAACUCAAAGAGGAAACAAGCUGCCUUUGCUGAUUGGACACACUUUGCCAAUGAACCAUUCUUGCCUUCAAGAUCAAAGGUGUCUAGAAUCACUCAUCCAGCCAUUCGCUAUGUGCACCGCCUCAUCUCCACCACUUUCCAAUGCAAACAAGAAGCCAACAAGCUAGCUAAAGACUUGGAAGGCAACAAGAAGCUUUGUGUUCGUUUUGGGAGGCUUAUCACGGCCAUAGUACAACAUGUGGGGAUUGACAUUCCCAACUAUGAGCCACUACCCAAGCCAACCCCUUUGGAUCUCCAUGCUCUUCAGCACAUCCACUUCCUAAACCGUUGGACUAAAGACCCAACUCGGUUUUGCUAUGAGUUUCCAAUUGGUCCAGCCAACACUUCCCUUGUCUUGCUGCCACAUGAAGACAUCCCAAGCCUACGCUCAGGUGUUGUCACUUUCCAGCCCAAUGAGGAAGACUUCUAUGUUCCAUCAAGUGAGAAACCAUCAUUCCCCAUGCUCACCUAUCGCACACUUCAGCAUGCAGUCAAGACUCAACGCCGCCACCAAGAACGCCAUGUUCUCACUACUGGCAUGGCCGCGCACCAAGCUCUAGACCGUGUUAACAAGCUGGAGAAGAUCGUGGAAUGCCAAUCUCGCUUCAUCUCACGCCUAGUUCGUGUAGUUCGCCACAUUGCACCGGAGAGACUCUUUCGCCCUUCUUCCACCGCUAGAGAGCCAUAUGAGCCUGACCUUGGUGAGUUCUCACUAGACUCAGAGCUUGGUUCAGAAGGCGAUGACCCCAUAGAUGAGGAAGAGAGUUCUUCUCACUGCCACACAUAG